AACUAGAGCGGCUGCUGAACAGGUAGUCUGAACAUCUGAGUACAGGACAUUAAGAUUUAGGUAACCAGUCAACGAUCCUGGUCAUUCAGCAGAUAGAAUUGGUAAGACAUGAAGACCUUUGUGACAAUGGGUAUUGUGCUGAGCAUGAUCGUCUCAGUCCAUGCAGCAUGUGACCUCUCAGCAUGUGCUUCUGAUGAGUAUUGUGAAGACCCCACCUGCACCUGUAAUUCAACACUGUACAAUGUUACAGGCACUUACCCAUCACCGACGAUUGAUUGUACUGGUGGACAAAUGAGUGCGUAUAUCUCGAAAUGCUGGCUGGAAAUAAAUGGAUACAAUACCACAAAUAUAAGGCUGCAAAACUCUACCUGUGUAGCUACACGAAAAAUUGUGAAUGGAGCUGCUAUGAUGAUUGUUCACACACCACUGACUAGCACUUACUGUGGUAAUAGUGUUAAUACAAAUUCAACCUAUAUAACAUACUCCAAUCGUUUGCAUAUUUUUGCCAAGACAUGGCCAACUGCAACGAAACAAGAUGUGACCCUGAACUUUUCCUGCAUUUUUCCCCUCUUUUUGACAAUUAAACUGAAUUUCACAGUGUCACCAAUAGUUGGGGCUACACAAAUAACUAUCCCUGGUACAUUCGCUGCUCUUACAGUGAACAUGGUUAUUUAUACAGAUGCAGAGUUUACCAAAUUGCUGACUGAAAAUGACCGUGUGUAUUUGGAAAGCACUCUCUAUGUUUCCCUGAUCAUUCCAAGUCUGGAAGUUAACACUUUCAAAAUUAAAGCACUUGAUAUAUAUGCUUCAGCCUCAGAAUCUGGCCCAACCUAUUAUUUGCUAGAAAAGGGGUGUCCAAGCACUGGAAUUACUGCUGAUCUGAUGAGUGUACUAAACAAUGGAAAUUCUUCUGAAGCACGGUUUGCAAUGAAAGUCUUCCAGAUUUCUGGUUCUUCCACUGUCAACCUCAGUGCUAAAGUAAAAAUCUGUACAGAUGAUUGCCAAACAAAUUGUACCACAAAUGUCAAAUCAUCAUCCAAUGAUGACAACACUGCUAUCGUAAAAGUAUUUCUUACUGCAGAUGAACAGUUUGACCACAAUUCUGCAAAUUGUUUUAUUGUGUCAUGGCAAUUGAAUUUAUUACUCUCCUUAGUGCUUUUAGUAAAAUUGAUGUAAAGACACAACAUAUACAAAUUUCGCUAGCAUAAUAGCAUUACAGAAAUUAUUAAUUUAAGGCAGAGGAACUUAUGGGGCAAUACCAAACACAUUUGUUUAUGGAAACUGACAUACAGAAGAUCUAAUGCUGAAUCCUGAUUGUUAAAACUACAGAAUCAAAUUCUGCUCUACAGUGACUAUGGCCAGUCUAUUACCGCACAACCUUUCAGUCCAGUAACAGUUUGCAAUUCCAAGUGGAUGACAUUCCAUAUAAAUGGUCAGCAGCUAACUAACAUAAUAAUGUUCUACAAUGUAAUAUCUCCAAUCACUGGAAGAUCUUUUACAUAACACAAAACAAUUUUCCAUUUGGAAUGAUUUUUGAAGAAAUGCUCCUGUGUUUAGGUAAAUUGUAGUUACAUUCUUCGCUGGUUGCUUCUUCUUUUUUCCCUAAUCAAUUUCCCUAAUGUGUUGAAUAAUAUUGAGAAGAUAAUUCUCAGAUCUUUG